AUGUGUGCCUUUGGUCCGUCAUUAUCGGAAUUAAAGGUGUCCGGUGCGCCGAGUAAUGAUGUCAACGAUUUGGAACGGAAAUAUGUGCCACCUCAUUUGCGUGGAGGAGUUGAUGGUUUUGAUCCCAUCGGGAAUGGCGGUGCCCGCUAUGGUGGCAGUCGCGGCAGCUAUGGAGGUGGUAGCCAGAGAGGUUUUGACGGCGGUUACAAUGGUGCUUACGGUGGUGGUGGUGGUUAUAGCCGUUCGGGUCGGGGUCGUGGUGGCGGCGGAGGGUUCGGCUAUGGGAGUCGCGACUUCGGUAGCCGUGGAGGUGGCUUCGAUCGGGGCUACAGAGCAAGGCCGGAUUCUGGAUUCGGUGGCCCGUCUCGGCGUCCAGUCGCCGAAGAAGGUGUAUCCGUUGAUUGGUCCCAUCAAUUGCCUCGGGACGAGCGUAUCGAAAAGGAACUGUUUCAUAAAGUCAACACCGGCAUCAACUUUGACCAAUAUGACAAUAUUCCUGUCAAUGUCACAGGUCCUGAUGCGGAUUCCUUUGAACCCAUCCAAACAUACAACGACCUCUCCCUCACCUCCAUAAUGCGCGAUAAUAUCACCUGUGCGCAGUAUUCCCGCCCCACCCCCGUACAAAAAUACGCCAUUCCAAUUAUAUCGGCCGGGCGAGAUCUGAUGGCGUGUGCGCAAACUGGGUCCGGAAAAACCGCCGCCUUCUUGAUACCGAUUCUCAACUUAAUGUUCGAACAGGGCCCCGGACAUUCGAUUACUGCCAGUUAUGAAACAAACAGGCGGAAACAGUUUCCUGUUGGUUUGAUCCUCGCCCCCACUAGAGAGUUAGCUUCUCAGAUUUACGAUGAAGCUCGCAAAUUCGCGUACAGAUCCAAGGUGCGGCCUUGCGUUGUUUAUGGCGGUGCGGAUAUGCGCAAACAACUCCUCGAAGUGUCUUAUGGUUGCAACAUAUUGGUUGCAACGCCCGGACGUUUAUUGGAUGUAAUGGACCGUGGAAAAAUCGGUCUGAAUCAUGUUCGCUUUCUUGUGCUGGAUGAAGCCGAUCGCAUGCUUGAUAUGGGCUUCGAACAGCAGAUUCGACGUAUCGUAGAACAAGAUCACAUGCCGCCAUGUGGAACCCGUCAAACGCUCAUGUUCUCUGCCACCUUCCCCAAUGAAAUACAAGUUUUGGCAAAAGACUUCCUCAAUGACUACGUCUUUUUGACCGUGGGAAGAGUGGGCAGUACGAGCGCGAAUAUCAAACAACGACUUCUUUGGGUCGAAGAAAAUGAGAAGCGUGAUGUUCUUGUCGACCUGCUAACUCAGUCGGCUCCUGGCGAUCGUGUCUUAAUAUUUGUUGAAACAAAACGAGGGGCCGAUUUAUUGGAAGAAUACUUGUAUCAAGAGAAAUUUUCUGUUGCCAGUAUCCACGGUGACCGAAAUCAAGAAGAUCGUGAAUUAGCCUUGCGCUAUUUCCGGACAGGUGUUACGCCCAUCCUGGUUGCCACGGCUGUCGCAGCUAGAGGCUUGGAUAUACCAGAUGUUAAGCAUGUUAUAAAUUAUGACCUGCCGUCUGACAUCGAAGAGUACAUCCAUCGAAUCGGACGUACCGGGCGAGUAGGUAAUCUCGGAGAGGCGACGUCUUUCUUCAACGCCAAAAACCGCAAUCUGGCAGGUGACCUGAUUGUGCGAUUGGAGGAUGUCAAUCAAUUGGUCCCUGCAUGGCUGAGGUCCAUUCCUGAUGAACCGUGUCGCUAUCCCCCGUCCGGUCGAGGCAGGCAACGUCGUACUGGCGGCGGUUUCGGAGGACGUGACUAUCGCCAACAGCAGGGCCGCGGCGGUGGAAUGCAGUCCGAUGGUGGUGGUUUCGGUGGUGGAAGCCGCUACAACAAUCCGAGUGGCGGGCCGAUGCACUUCAACGGUGGAGGCGGCUAUUCCAAUUUCGGUGCGAGCGGCGGCCGGUCAAGAAAUGAUCGUGUGGAUUGGUGGUCUAAUGAGUAA